AUGAUACCUCUCCUCGUCCUCCACGUGCGAUCCACCGCCACCGCCAUCACCAACGAGACGGUCGCGGCGGCGACCUACGCUCCCGUCAAGACCAUGAACUUCGCCCUCUUGUGGGGUGGAAUGCUCCUCAACAUCUGGCUGACGUUCGUCUUCCCCAUGCACUGCACCCCGCUCACACCCAGCGGCAUCUUCACGUUCCAGUUCAUCAAGUACUGGUCGUCGUACAACCAGGACAAGCGCUGGAUCAAGGGCGUGGUGCUGUUCGUUGGGGGCAUGGCAUAUGGCAACUUCAUCUACUUGAUGUACUUUGCUUGGUGGACGCUCGUGGCCCAGUACGGCAUGUACCUCCGCCUCCUGCGCUACACCUUUCUGUCCAUCUUUGUCCUUAUCGACUCGAUCACCGUGACCGUGAUCCAGGGGUUUUUCACGUAUCGCACCUGGCGUCUCAACAACCGUAACUGGUAUCUCGCGGCACUCCUUAUUGCGCUCAUUGGGAUGUCCGUCGCGUCCGGAAUCGCCCAGACCGUAACCUUCAUCUCGCUUGACGUGCACCACACCCGCGAGGCAGUCCUUGCCCCCAUCGUGACGUGGAACGUUGGGUCCAUGUGCGCCGAUCUCAUUAUCACCCUCAGCAUCCUCUGGGGCCUGUGGAAGACGCGCACCGGCUGGCACCACAGCGACAAGGUCAUUGGCCGCCUGGUCCGCAUGACGCUCGAAGCCCAGACGCCACCGCUCAUCAUCGCGAUUCUGUUCACGACGACGUUCAUCAUCCUCUUCCCCCGCGGCCUGGCGGCGUACAUCAACAACUCCAAGCUCAACUGCAUCGGCCUGAUGUAUUCGCUCAACUCACGGCAGGAGUUCGGGCAGCAGCAGAACAUCACGAUGGAGAACACGCCUGGAGGGCGCGAGUGGGCCAUUUCGCAGGUCAAGACGGGUCAUGGCGCGCAAACCACGCUCGGAGACGCCAACAACGACUCUGCACCCGGUUACCCCGACAAUGAGAAGACGACGGCGGCCGGGACGACGGCGACGCCAACGGCCACGACGACGACGCACGACUCGGAGUCUACGAGCGAGGAGCUCCUGCCCACCCAGAGCGUGGCGUACGGUCUGCGCGGGGCGCAGGUGGCCGGAGCGAGGACCGAGGGUGUUUAG